UCCAGUGAUUUCUAGUUUUCUAAGUUGAUUUCUCGGUCUCUCGAGGGUUCUAUAACUGUACACUCCCAAAAGAGGAGUUCCCUUUACUGUCACGAACAGUAGUCAUGCGCCAGAGGCCCAUAAUACUGUCGCCGGCGGCCGGCCUGAGCGAGUGACUCGCGUGCGCGCGCGCCGCAGCAGGGUCGGCCUUGUAGUAUACUAUAGUGAACGGAGCUAUACGGAAAUGAGAAAAAGACGGUGGCCGUAGUCUCUCCAAGGUCUCAACGCGCGACAUACUAAUAGCCCAGCCCAUCAAUUAGCGGUAUUGCACAAGUGUAGUUCGCCGAGGGUUUGCACUUCAGUGCUUUUUCAUAUUAUUGUACUUUUAUUUGCUGUGGAUCUUUGAGGCCUCAACUAGUGUAUGUGAAAUAGGUACCAUUUGCCCGCUAUGUGGCAAUGAAUAAGAUCAAGACAAUUAAACGCUACCACAUUGAUAGAGUCUAUAGACGAGACCAGCCGAGAAUGACUCUUGGUCGCUACAGAGAGUUCUACCAAUGUGUAAGUUAGCAGCAGCAGUAGUUCAUACAGUGGGAGGAUUAAUAUUGUGUGGCAGGCGUUAAGCUGAGUCUAGCCCAGCAGCAGUUGAGUAGCUUAUAUUAAAUAGUGUAUUAAGCCUUUCAACUUGCCACGUUUCAGUACCAGCAAGCACAUGUGCAACAUUCAACGGUAGGUUCGUAGACAAAACAUGCAGAGUCCUAACACGGCUCACUUGAGCCUGGCUUUCUCCAUGAUGGAUGAUACCUUCAAGCUCAGCUGGAUUAGCUAUACAUGUAUAUACUGUGUAUGGUUUGGGUUUGAGCUCAAUGGCAGUUUUGGGAAUGGUACAGGUUAAAUUUUAUGUGAUCCACACAAAGAGCUUUAACUUUCUGCUCCUUAGCUAGUAGUCUAUACAGUAUUCGUAGUCUAAAUAGUCUAAAUCUACAUUAAAACCCAUGAGAGCACACCAGUUUAUGGCAUACCUCAUGUUCCAGCAAGUGCCAAGACUUUUUAAGCUGUGGCUGCUGCGGAGCACGUUUGGUGGCAACACUGUCCUCGAAAAACAGCUACGUAGGGUUACCACUGGUAGUGAAUACACAAUGAUGACCAAGUGUUUGGCAGUAGGGUGGACUAAUUGAGCCAUUAGGGAGAUAUAUUAUUGCCUUUGUGUGCGAGACUUUUUUGUUAAACCAUUGUCAUGAGGAAAUUUACCACACCAACCAACUUGACCCUACGUAAAAAUAAUCCUGGUAAUGAAUGGGUUGAUAUAUUUUGGUGUCAGGAUUUUGACAUAGCUGGUGAAUAUGAUCCAAUGAUACCCGAUGCCGAGUGUGUGAGGAUAGUAUAUGAAAUCCUUUCUCAGCUGGAUCUUGGGAGUUUCAUUAUUAAGGUGAACCAUCGAAAUGUGCUGGAUGGGAUGUUUGAAGCCUGUGGAGUACCUCCAGAGAAGUUUAGGUCAAUCUGCUCUUCAGUUGACAAACUGGAUAAGACGGAGUGGGAGGAGGUGAAGAAGGAGAUGGUGGAAGGAAAGGGACUAGAGGAAGCAGUGGCAGACAAAAUUGGGGAAUACGUCAAACUCAGUGGUCACUUUGAGCUGCUGGAAAAGCUAAUGUCAGACAUGGGGCUGACAGCUGUUGCCAGUGCAAGGGCUGGUCUUGAGGACAUGAAGUUACUGCUCCAUUACUGUGAGCUCUUUGGAGUGUUAGAUAAGGUCAGCUUUGAUCUGAGUCUGGCUAGAGGACUCGACUACUACACUGGAGUCAUCUACGAAGCAAUUUUGACAGGUGAUGCUACAAUGAAAGAUGGAGAGGUUCCUGCAGUUGGUUCUGUAGCUGGAGGUGGUCGGUACGAUGGACUGGUGGGUAUGUUUGAUCCCAAAGGCCAACACGUUCCAUGUGUGGGAGUUAGCAUUGGUAUUGAGAGGGUCUUUUCAAUUUUGGAGAGUAGGGCCAAAGAAGCUGGAGGCAAGGGCAUCCGUACCGUUGAAACCCAGGUAAUGGUUGCUUCAGGGCAGAAGAACCUCUUAGAGCAGAGAAUGAAGGUCUGCACGCUGCUGUGGAAUGCCGGGAUAAAGACUGAGAUGCUGUACAAGAGGAACCCGAAACUGCUCAAUCAGUUCCAGUACAGCGAGCGAGAGGGUGUACCCCUCCUUGUUAUUGUGGGGGAGGAAGAGACAGUGAAAGGUGGUGUCAAGAUUAGGGACACUCACACCAGAGAAGAGGAUUUUGUUGAGAUGGCUGCACUUGUUCCAGAACUGAACAAAAGACUAGCUGAGUGUCAGCAUUCAGAAAGGGUGUAGAAAGAUGAAGAAACUGUUGGCGAGAGAGAUACUGUAAAAAAAUUAAUCAGCAUUAGCUAUGUGUAGUUUUUCAGAAAUUUGCAAAGAAGCAUACACAUGUUUAGAUAAUUAUGGUUGUAGUAAAUUUGAAGAUGGUGUAUAUUAUAGCCUUUUACCAGCAAUGGAUGAGUUCCUGAGUCGCCAUGUCU